UCGUGAAUGCGACAAUAUCCGGGUGUGCGUGAAUACACUGUAUCUACGUCUUGCAUUUGCAAGUCUUAAGUUUUCGCAUAACGAAUAUUCAAGAAUCGAUGGCUAAAGAGUCGUUCGUGUUCUCGACCAUAGAGGACGAGAAGGGAGAAAAGUUGGACGAGAUGUUUGGAGUAAAACCGAGUUUCUUAAAAGUACUACCCAGUCAGUCCUUGUUGCCACCGAAAAUUGUCUUUUACGCGCAAAAGAUACGCGACUUGACCGUCUAUGAAGAUGACGUUUGGAUGAUCUCGUAUCCUCGGACUGGUAGUCACUGGGCGCAGGAGAUGACGUGGUGCAUCGGGAAUAAUUUCGAUUACGAGAAUGCUCGCACGCUUUUCGUCGUACGAAGUCCCUUACUCGAGAGUUCGGCUAUCAUGGUCAACGGAAAUUGCGAGGAAUGGUUUACGAAGCUAGGUGAUUCCGUUGAAAAUGUAACAAAGAUGCCAAGGCCGCGAUACAUCAAAAGUCAUUUGCCGUGGGACUUAUUGCCGAGACAACUUCACGAAAAGAAACCAAAGAUAAUAUAUGUUACGAGAAAUCCAAAAGACACCUGUGUCAGUUUUUAUCAUUACUGCAGAGCAUUCCACAGCAUGAAAGGGAGCUUCGAUGACUUUGCGGAGUUGAUGCUGCAAGAUAGUGCUCCGUGUAGCCCGUUUUGGGAUCAUGUUUUACCUUUUUGGAAGAUGAGAGAUCAGGAUAAUAUAUUAUUUACGACAUACGAGGAAAUGAAAAAGGAUCAGAUAGCGGUGAUUAAGAAGACAGCGAAAUUUUUAAACAAGAAUGUGACGGACGAGCAGAUCAUCGGGUUAUGCGAACAUUUAAAAUUUUCAAAAAUGGUGACAAAUCCAUCGGUGAACAUAGAACUAUUGCUGGGAAACAAGAAGGCGGAAGAAGAUCCAAAUUAUAGUUUUAUCAGAAAAGGCAAGAUUGGGGACUGGACGAAUUAUAUGACGGAAGAUCUCGCUCGACGAUUCGACGAAUGGACGGAGAAGCAUUUGUGCGGAACCGGUCUCAAAUUUCAUACAGAUAUUGCAUCCGACGAAGAAUAAAAAGCUGUAUAUUUUGAAUACGGUAAACGCCUAUGAUAUACACUUUGUAUUCGCGACGCGAAAUAACAUGUGUAUAAUUGUCAAUGAUAAUCUUUACAUUUUAAAUUUAUUUUACAAUUAUACAAUCGAUUUAUAUCGCGGCUAUUUGCCGUAUUCAAAAAACACGUAAUGCGGAAAGUUUCUCAAUUAACGACAUACAGAACCAUGAGGCAAAAAAAAAUUAUAUAUAAUAAAUAAUACAUCUCUUUUUUAAUCGUAUACCAUCAAUCAACACAUAGUUGAUUCCAUUAUAAUUAAUUUGCUCGUUAUACUUGAAUAAUCAGUAAAUAAAGAAAG